GGAGAGCAUGCGUGGAAUCUGUGAUUUGGCUCAUGCCCCUGACCAGAUUUUCUGCCGAGGCAUUCGGUGUGGUAACCGUAGUUCUGGUCUCUCUUCUCAUUCUUCUCGGUUUGUUUUGCAUCUACCGUUCUCUCUAUUUUCAGAUAAGGAUCUUAAGACGAGACUUUCUUCAACUUGUUUACUUUAAUGGCCCCUGGGUUACUCGCAUUGCCCUCGUUCUGGUUGCAAUUUGGUGGGGCAUCUGGGAGAUUCUUAGGCUAACUUUACUGAAAGAGAGAUUGAGGCUCUUCUCUAGUGCAUCAUGGCAGAAGAAUGUUUGCAAGUUCUACAUCCUUUCCAAUUUUGGAUUUGCAGAGCCGAGCAUGUUUCUCGCUCUUAUAUUCCUUCUUCAUGCCUCACUGAAGAAGAGAGACUCAGGAACUUUGAGCCAGCGAUGGAACAGAAAAGCUAUUCUGUAUGUCCUCCUUCUCUGCCUUCCUGUUCUUGGCAUGCAAAUUGCGCUAGUUUUCAUUGGUCCGAAACUAAAUGAGAAGAAGAAUGGGGGAACAAAGAUGUACAAGUACUUCAUCAAUACCUCCUCCAUUGUUAAAGACAGCCACAGAGUUUGCACUUACCCUUUGUUCAGCACUAGUCUUCUAGGUCUUUUUGAUCUUCUCCUCAUCUUGUAUGCCUUGUAUGUUGGAAGAAGGUUGCUUUCUUUGGUAAUCAACAAGCGGCUUCGAAGAAGGGUUUACUGGUUGAUAUCAUCAAUCUUUCUCUCCCUUCCAUUGAGAGUGGCACUUCUCACAUUAUCUGCUUUUUUGCAUCCGGGCAGUUGGGCGUUCGAAGCCAUUGUGUUCCUGGCAUUCUGCAUGCUAUUCUUUAGUGCAGUGGUGGGCAUCUUCAUGCUGGUCUAUUUUCCGGUGGCAGAUUCAUUGGCGUUGAGAGACCUCGGGCAAAUUGAAAUUCAAGAAAUGCCUUAUGAUGACUAUUACCAUGAUAGCGCUUCUCUAGUUGCCAACCAAAGCUAUCUUGACACUGGGAGCCUUGCCGAUACUGGAAGAAACUCCGAUGCCUCUACAAAGCGUGGCUCAAUAUCUUUUCGAACCAUGAUUAGAGAUGAGCCUUCAACAUCAGAAGGCAUUGACGAAGCCGGCUAUUAUCCUUCUGCUGUGCUCCACAUUGCCUCCUCUCCCUCCGGUUCACCAAUAUCAACCAGGCCCAUGCUUCCUCUUAGAGAAGUUCCAAGAUACUGAAUAGAAACUGGAAGUGUUUUUCUUUUAAAUUUGUGCUUUUUUUUGUCAUUAAUAUCAGUUUUGUGGUAAAGAAAAAAGUUUUAUGUAAAGUUUUUCCCCUCCUUAAGUAGACGUCAUUAGAAUAAGUUUUUGCUUA